GGCCGGUGCCCGCGCAGGCCGCGAGGGCGGGCGCAGGCGCCUCCGCCGUGCCAGUCGCUCCCAGCCCGGCCACCUUCGAGUCCUACAUCUCUGGCAUGCGGGCGGCCAUCAGCAGCAUCGACCAGAUGCCGGCGGAGGUGGACACCUACUACGACGAGCUCGAGCAGGCCAUGCCCGACCACCUCCGCGCCAUGCAGCAGCCAUCUCUGGUCCAGGAGGAAUGGUCGGCGCCGAUUCUGCCUCACGGCGAGCUGGGCCCGCGAGGUGGAGUGGCGAUCGUGCCCAAGAAGCACAUCCCGGCCACCCUGGCUCGUAUUGGCCAGACGCUGCGGCCGACAGCCAUGCUAUGCACGCAGUCUCCAGGAGAGCUCGGUCUCGAGGGUCUGCCAGCCACGCGGGUGUGGCACUCUCUCGUGGUGCAGUCCGAGGCCUCCCCGUCCACGAUCUGGGUUCAGCGCUACCUCAUCCAGCUGGGGCGCGACACGGCCAACCGCGUGCACAUGGAGACGGAGGGCCUCCCCACCAUCCAGGAGGCAGUGUCCAUGGUCAAGGUUACGCUCAAGUUCGACUCCGAGGCGGGUUGGAACAGCGAGCUCAUCACAGCACUAGUGGUUUCCGACUUCCUGAAGAAGCUCGUUGGGGAGCACGCCUUCUCCGACAUCACAGUUCGGCAGGAUGGCCCCUCCACCGCCCUGGUUGUGUCCAGCAAAGUCGAGAGCCUCUUGAGGACCAGCGGUCAGGCCGGAGUGUAUUCGAAGACGCAUCCUUCCGUGACGAAUCCAGAUUUUUCGCUCGAAGUGGCGUGGCUGCCCGCUGGCACUCUUGUUCACGAGGUCUUGCAGUUUGCCGCUGCGGAGGCCGACAGCUGGGGAGUAGCCAAGAAGUCCAGCGCGGAGGCUCCUGUGUAUGGCCUGCGGUUUCGGACCGCCGCCAAGGCCGCAGCCUUCCUGACGAAGCACGGCCUCGAGGACACCACUCUCCUGGGGCGCUUCCGGGUGAGCGGGCUCUCCAGUGCGUCUGGCGCUGCAGGGGUUGUGGCGAUGCUCCAGCAGGUCCAGUGGGAGAUCACCGACGUCCCAUUUUUGGGCGAUGGGCACGCCAUCGUGUUGUCCAAGGCUGCUCCCCCGGGCCCACGCUUGAAGCUCGUCAGAACAGAUGGGUCUGCCGUCGUGCUGCAGAUCCACGCGGUUACGUCCAAGGCCCAGGAGCUCUGCAAGGCCAAGGGCAUCGCGUGCCGAUCCACCGACGCAGACGGCGAUGGCAUGCAGGCAGUCUCAGUAUCCAAGCCUGCGUCCUCCUUCGCUGCGCGGGCUCUGGCUGCCAAGCAGCACGCAAGGGCGAAAGCACUGGCCGAUUUCGCCAAGCCCUUGGUCCCGCUACUGUGCGAGCACGCCCGGGCUGGGGCGCACUUUUUGGCUGAGACGUGGCAUUAUGAUGGCGUGGCGCGUAUGAUCCAAGCAGAAGCUGACGACUAUGCAGAUGGCCGGGGGAGGUUCCAGUUUAUCUUCGGCGACACCGUGGCUCCUGGGGCGCACUCUGGUGUUGGCAUGUGCGCAGGGCCCGAUCUGGGCAGAGUCCGCUUGGUGCAGCCCCCUGCGGAAGCCGCGCCAUUUGUCAAAGCUGGCCGGCUGGCGCUCUACCAUCUCGUCCUCCAGGGAAGCCGGCGGCGCAAAUCCGACAACGGACAGGGGCCAGUAUUUGUCUUUGUGCUUUACGGCGAUCAACAUGAUCCGCGUGCUCGUGACGAACUAUUCCUCGCCAUCGAAGAGUGGUCUUCCGCACUGAUGCAUGCGCCCGUGUUGAUCUUCGGCGAUUUCAACACCGUCGUAGAGGAGUCGCACGUCCUGCGGCGGUGGCAGUACACUGGCAGAUUCCACGACCUGUUCCACGAGUGCGCCAUCACGCAGGGGACGGGGCCAAAGCCCACUACUCGAGGACGCCAAGGGCAGAGGCGCAUCGACAUGUGUUGGAUCAAUCCUUGUGCUCGCUAUGUCGUGUCGCCCUCCUGCCGACAGGAGCAGAUAUUCUCCACUCAUGACACAUUGGUGAUCGAGCUCUGUCUGCAGUCAUUCGCGCAGCGGGUGGGCAGGCGGAGCAUGCCUCCACCGCUGCCUGUGGGCAAGUGCCUGGUGUCCCCCAAUGAUCUGGUGCAGAUCCGCUCCCUGAAGCAACAGGAAUGGGAGGCCCUGGCCGCGAUCGUGGAACCAAGGCGGGUCUCCGGUGGCAUCCGCGCCACCAUGCACGUGGUCGGUUGCAGCCCGUCCGCAAAGCAUAUGUUGUGCCGCCUGUAUCACGAGCCAACCGAGAAGCAACAUCCUCAGCUAGCCGUCAUGUACAAGUCACCAGAUGUGUACAUUUACAGCGGCGUUUGGAGGCACUCCGAAGAAUGCAGGUGCAUGGGCCUCAGAAAGUCAGGCAUGCCUAAUGACGCAGAGUAUGCCGCGAUCGCCGAGCAGCUGAGCGGGAAACUGCAACAUUUCACGGCCAGAGCGGAGCGCAGGCAGAUGGCCCGGCGCAACUCAGCCCUCAGGACAUCCCGUCGGUUCGCCUACGUGGCCGGUCAAGAUCUGGCGCCGUCGCAUUUCGUGAAUGUUGCCCCUGGUGGAGCUCCGCCAGAAUACACCACGUCUAUUCCGGUCAUCGAUGAGAAGGUGCGCGCUUUCUGGAAGGACGUAUGUCGGCGACCGGAUACAUCCUUCCCUCACCUGCUGGAGAAGCUGUUGGACACAGUUCCAGCGCAUCAGCCUUUCCCGUUGCGCCCCAUCACGUCUUCUGACAUACGAUCGGCUUUGGCCAAGAGCAAGGGCGGCCCGGGAGGAGAUGCCUGGACGUCAGCCCAACUGCGGGCGGUCCCAGAGCUCUACGAUCAGCUGGCGACGCUGUUCAUGAUGGCCGAGAAAACUGGCAUCAACCCUUCGCAACACUUGUCUGGCGAUGUCACUUGUAUACCUAAGCCUGGCUCCUCGGGGCACUUCUCCGAGCUGCGACCAAUCACUGUGUUGGCUACGUUGUAUCGCCUCCACGGCACCGUGCGGCUCCAGACGACAUUGUUUGAUUGGCAGGAGCACGUCAUGGGGACGUACCCUUUCGCCGGCUGUCGGCGGCGUACGUCUGCUCGCCAUCUGUCCUACCCUUUUGCCGUCUUCGUGGAGCACGGUGAGGUGUUCAAUCAGCAAGUGUGGGCUGCCGCCUACGACCUGGAGAAGGCUUUCGAGUCCAUCAGCACGGAGCCGGAUGGGCACCUAUGGCGGAUCUUGGCGAAGACCGGCUAUCCACAGCAGCUCGCGGCGCCGGCCCAGGACUUCCACGCCAAUCUCGUGGUGAGGUACAAGUACUCCGGCUUCCUGGGGCAACCUUUUGGCUUCGCAGACGGGCGCCGGGGAGCGCCGCAGGGCGAUCCGCUGUCCAUGGUCUACAUGAACGCCUUGGUCUUCGUGUGGAUGACCGCCGUCGAGCACGGGAUCUCCCUUCCCCCUGCACCCCGUGAUCUCCGGUACGGCGGCUACGCUGACGACACGCACGUUGCCAGCCAUCACCAAUGCCAAGUUCGCCGUGCACAUCUUAUUACUGUCAUUUGGGCCAUGUGUCUUGCAGUCAAGCUCAGUGCCACGAAAAGCUUGGCCUUCGGAGGAGUUCGUUUGCACGUGGGGCGGAAGCAGCUGCCCGCCGCUUCUGGCGUGAAGAUGCUGGGAGACUGGGCCGCUAUCCAGGAUGGGGACAUGCGUGAUCCCGUGACGCUGCCGGCCAAGCGCGUGCAGACAUGCCAACAACGCCUGCCUCGUAUUGCUGAGCUGCCUGGCACCAGAGACCAGCGCUUGAGCAUGAUCGCCACGAGCGCAAUCCCUACUCUCUACGGUUCUGAAUUUGCCGACGUGCCAGUCAAGGACGCCAUGGGCCUUCGGAAGGCUGUCUGGAAGGCUGCGAGAGGAGGGCGUGAACCACUCGCCACAGCUGCCUUGGAGGUGUGCAUGACCAUUUACGCCCAAGGGCACAGGCUUGAUCCCAUGCAGUGCUUUGAUUACCAGCGGAUCAUUCUCUUUGCUCGCUACUCGUGGCCAGACCGCGGCACGGCGACCGAGAUCGAGGCCCUGCGCGUGCAUUGCAGCAGACUGUCCGGCACCAUCCCUUGCGAGGGGCCAGUGUCGCUGCUCGUGCGGUCGCUUCGGCCCAUUAAGUGGGCGUGGGAAUGGGAUGGUACCAGCGCCGGCUGGAUUUUCAUAUCUGGCUGUGGCCGGCGUUGCGCUCUGCCGGUGCCAGCUGACGAGUGGGAUACGUUCGUUCACCAUCUCCGAGAUGCUCUCCGGUCGCGAGAAUUGUGCGAUCUUGUCAGCACUUCGAGGCGGAAUGGGCUCCGCCCCCGCUGGGAGUUCCAGGGCGUUCAGGGGGGUAUCGAUUUUGCUGCUCACCGCGAAGCUUUCCUUGAGUGUGACCCUUGGGACGGAGGCGUGCUUACAAACAUCGUCACUGGGGCUGCAUGCACACGAGAGCGUCUGUUUCGGCACGGCAGGCGGGCCCCGCAUCCGCACUGUGUAUUCGACUCUUGCAAGGGCCGCGACGUGCUUGAGACCCGGGAGCAUCGGUAUUGGUGGUGCCCUCAGUGGGAGCACUUGCGGCCGGCCUGGUUCCGCAGUCUCCGCGCCCAUGCUUCUGAACUGCCUGCGUGCGUGCUCAAUUGCGCCAUUGUGCCUGCGAGUGCAGACUGGACGGGCAGGUUUUCUUUCACCGUGGCGCAGCUGCAGAAAGUGUUCCUGGCCAUUGACACUGCCGCCGCGACCCUCAACGGCGAGGCGGGCCACGCCGACCCCGGGGGCGGCGACGACCCCCCCUCGCGUCGACCAGCGGCUCCAGCAGCCUCGAAACAUCCACAGGAUCAGGUCGUCUUCUACACAGUGGACCUGCCUGAUGGAUCUCAAGCGAGGCGUGUGAAGUGCGAGAAAUGCGGUCGAUCUGGUCUGAGCACCUCCAACAGUAUCUUGCACGAUUUCUGGUUGAAGGAGUGCCGGAGCACGGGGCGCCUUGCAGGCGAGCGGGCACGGCCUACCAUGUCGUUGGUCAACAUCGACAGGUCCUGGGAGGUGGCCAAACCGAAGUUUCAGCGUGUCGUUGACCAGCUCAGCGAGUACCACCGACACCCUCUGCAGUGGUCAGGAGAGAGAUAUGCCCCUGUGACCUGUGGGCGUUGCAAGUGGGUCGUCAUCCUUCACCCCAUCAUGGCCCGUGACCCCGAGGAGUGGCACAAGCAUGCUCUGGUGUGCCCGGGCAACGCACGAGCAGCCACAGCUAAGCUGGAGUUUGUGGUCGAUUUCACGCUGUUUGCGGUCACUUUCAAGUUGUUGGUGGGCGAUUUCACGCAGUGUACGGUCAAUUUCAAUCAGUUUGUGGUCGAUUUCACACAGUUUGUUGUCGAUUUCACGCAGUUUGGGGUCGAUUUCGUGCAGUUUGUCAUCGAUUUCACGCAGUUUGUGGUCGAUUUCACGCUGUUUGCAGUCAAUUUCGCGCUGUUUGCGGUCAAUUUCACGGUGUGUGUGGUCAAUUUCGCGCAGUUUGUGGUCGAUUUCACGCUGCUUGCGGUCAAUUUCAAGUUGUUUGUGGUCGAUUUCAAGCAGUUUGCAGUCAAUUUCGCGCAGGUCGUGGUCGAUUUCACGCUCUUCUUCGUCGGCCUCACU